AUGUUUUUACCUCUCUCUCUUUCUCUUUCUUUCUCUCUCUCUCUCUCUCUCUCUCAUAUAUCAAAAAUAUUGACAUAUAUCUAUUUUAUUGUGUUCAUAUCUAUCUAUCUAUCUAUCUAUCUAUCUGUCGCUGUAACUAGUACAUGUCUUUAUCGUUCUGUUCCUAUCUAUUUAUUUAUCUAUCUAUCUAUCUAUCUAUCUAUCGCUGUAACUAGUACGUAUCUUUAUUGUUCUGUUCCUAUCUAUCUAUCUAUCUAUCGCAUAAGUGUCUUUAUCGACAUGUUCCUAUCUAUCUAUCUAUCUAUCUAUCGCAAUAUUUUUACGUCUUUUUCUUUAUAUACAUGCAAAUAUCCAUCUAUUCAUUCCUAUUUAUUAAUUAUGUAUCUAUCUCAGUUCCUAUCUAUCCAUCUAUCUAUCUAUCUAUCUAUCUAUCUAUUUGUUUCUAUCUAUCCAUCCAUCGCUGUAACUAGUAAGUGUCUUUAUCGUUCUGUUCCUAUCUAUCUAUCUAUCUAUCUAUCUAUCUAUCUAUCUAUCUAUCGCAAUAUUUUUACGUCUUUUUCUUUAUAUACAUACAAAUAUCCAUCUAUUCAUUCCUAUUUAUUAAUUAUGUAUGUAUUUCAGUUCAUGUCUAUCUAUCUAUGA